AUGUAUGUGAAAUGUUUGAUACAGUAAUGUUUUACUAUGUGAUUUUAGUGUAUUUAGUGAAUGUCACUUUUUGUCAUUUUCAAAUUUCCUGCCGUUCCGUCCCCCGUACGUCCCGACGUCGCAGGGAACGGAACCCAGAUGACAGAUGCCGGCAUCCGCCGGAGGACAUUACAGGGGACACUGCAGGAGGGACAUCGUGGGAGCGCAGGACAAGGUAAGUGAAGAACAGAUGCUGGAGCAGCACCGCAUGGUAAGCCCGAGUGUAGCUCGGGGUUACCGCUUGUGCUACACUCGGGAAUACCGUCAGGGAGGUUAAGGUAA